AUGUUAUCACGAUUAGCAGUCACAACAACAAGGAUAAAUCCUGUGUUUGUCAAAAGUGCUAUUCAGAACCUUCCAAAGAAUCGACAGACAAUUUUUCGUCAAUUCGCUGAAGAUGCAAAAUUCAGAACUAGAAGUGAACGAAUUAAUGAGCGAAUGUCAUUGAAGGAACGAGCAAUGGCACCUGCUGGACCGAACGCGUUUGCCAUUGGCAAAGGAGCUUUAGCAGGCGGCAGUUUAUUAGGUCUUGGUGCUUUAUGCUUUUAUGGUGCUGGAAUGGGAAAAGGAACUAAUGCUCUCGAAAAUUCAAUGUUAUGGCCAGAAUAUGUUAAGCAAAGAAUUCAGGACACAUAUUUAUACUUUGGUGCUUCAAUUGGUAUUUCUGUAGCUUCAGCAGCUGCCGUUUUUCGUAGUCCAUCAAUUUUACGUUUAGUUUCUGGAGGUGGAUGGUUAAGCAUUAUUGGAACUUUUGCAGUUAUGAUCGGAUCUGGAAUGGUAGCACAAUCUAUUCCUUAUUCUCCUGGUUUAGGAACUAAGCAACUCGCAUGGGCUGUUCAUGCUGGUAUUUUGGGUGCUGUUGUUGCUCCAUUGUGCUUUGUUGGAGGUCCAAUAAUGCUCAGAGCAGCUUGGUAUACAGCUGGUAUUGUCGGAGGCUUGUCUACAGUCGCUGUUUGUGCUCCAAGUGAGAAGUUCCUUAAUAUGGGUGGUCCAUUAGCUAUAGGACUAGGUGUCGUCUUCGCAUCAUCAAUUGGAUCAAUGUUCUUAUCACCAGCUACAGCCUUAGGUGCAGGAUUAUACUCAAUGAGCUUGUACGGUGGAUUAUUGCUUUUCUCUGGAUUUUUACUCUAUGACACACAAAAAAUCAUCAAACGAGCUGAAAAUCAUCCAUCUUAUGGCUUUACACCUUACGAUCCAAUCAACAAUAGCAUUUCGAUCUAUUUAGACACACUUAACAUCUUCAUUCGAAUUGUCACAAUCUUGGCUGGCGGUGGAAAUCGCAGAAAUGACAAAUAUGAGAUGUACAAAUUGAUAUAG